AUGGCGAACCCGCGAAAGUUCAGCGAGAAGAUUGCGCUGCACAAUCAAAAGCAGGCCGAGGAAACUGCCGAGUUCGAGCGGAUCAUGAGAGAGGUGUCCGAUGUGACGUCCAAGGCUUCAAAGAGUGUCAAUCUGUCGCCAACCACUGGUUCGCUGGGCACGUUUCGCGGUGGUUCUCUACCCAACGUCAAUAAUGAUAACAAGCAGUUCCAGGAAAAGGUGGACGAUGGAACGAAUUUGGCCGAGAUGAAAAUCUACACUCAACCGGAGACCAUUAAGGUGAAAAAAGAAAUCACAUCUAAAGCUAGCACACCCAGCCAUGCGAGAGAAUCGAGAGGACGCACACCUGGUGGUCCGAUGAGAAACCGACAGGCUAGCCGAAACCAUGACACAUCUCCAUAUGGCAAUAGUACGGUGCAUUUGAUACCGCCAAUGGAAAGUAAUUGGCAUCGUUCGAUCUCUGACUCAGCCAUCCACCAGAGCCUGUGCCAAAACCAGCAGCAAGAUUCGAAUCAUCUUACCACCCACUCGCCCCUCACGCUUAGCCCAACAGUGCAAAGAAAGAUUUCCAAUGCUCAACAUAUGUCGAAAGUGCAUAACCACAUGACCAAUCAUCAUAAUCAUCACCACCAGCACAACCAUCACAACAGUCACCAGGAUAACGGUGGAUCCACGCAGGACAUUAGGUCUCGCUCCUCUACGGCAUUGCCACGGUUGCCGGGAAUCAACAUCUAUCCUUCUCAGAACCAUCCCGAUAGCGUACAGAUACCCAUCCCAAGCAAUACAGGAUCCUUACCAGACCUGACGUCCGUCGGUUAUCCCUCCAUGUAUCCGGCCACGUUGGAUCAAGAAGCGUAUGAUCCGAGUGGCCAAAAUCACAGCUAUUGUCCGAGCCCCCUCGGUACCUCACCAUCAUCGCUUUCGCCGACCUCUGCCAUCCAGAAUCAUCAUCAUCACCAUCCGCACCCGCGAGCGAACAGCUUUAGCGGCGGAGUCGGAAUGACUAACAGUGGUGGCGUGGGAAGUGCGGGCGGAAGUGGGGGCUACCCCAUUCCCGCUAGCCAUUCGAACAGCGGAUCCGUCAGCCCUACCGGUAGCGGCGUAAGCUGCAGUCCGAGUGCAAACAAUACCGUCAGUCUGGCAAACAUUGUAAAUCACAACAACAGUGGCGGCGUAACGGCUCUUAACAAUGGCCUUAAGAGUAAGAAAGCGAAACCACAAACCGUCUCUAGUCAGCCUUUUUUAUCUGUACCAGAUAGUAAUAGAUAUUCGUUUAUGUCGAAGGUCAACAAUACUUAUGACACUACCCAGCAGCAGUCCCCACAGCAGCAGCAGCAGCAGCAUCAGCACCAGCAGCAGCCACAAGCACAGUCACCGCAACAGGCGCAACAGCAACGAAUACCUACACUAGAUCAGAUUGCUUACGAUAACUUUACCCAGAUAAACGAUGGCUUGGCAUCGCCCAACCAUAACUCGCCAGAAAGCAUACUGUACGGAUCUCAUGGAAAUGUGUCUCCGCAAAUUAUGUCCGAUUAUCGGAAUCGACCCAGUCCGGGCUCUAGUCCGGGCUUGGCAUUGGUGAACAAUCCGGACUCUAACUCGAGUGCACCCUGUAGUCCCGUUUCGCAAAGCGUUGGAAGUAACAAUGGGCAAACGUACGAUAAAUAUCCUACAAGCGAUGUUUAUGCGCAGAACACCUUACCGCAGUAUUUGGAACACAUAACAUUGGACUGGACUACACUGGUUCAAAGUCUAGUAGAGUCUGGAUGCACAUUAACCGCGCAAGUGCAGUGCGAUUCUGAUUUUACGACCAAUCAAAUGGUCUUCAGCGGGUUUGACGAAACCUAUCUGACAAUGAACAGUACUCUUGGUAUGCGGCCACAACAUGGCCAAGGAAAUGGUCAGGGUCAUCAAAAUCACCAAACAAGCACCCAAACCAAUCAGUUAAAUUCGGUGAAUUGUCAAAAUAUGCAGAACAUGCAGAAUACGACCAUGAACAAUAUGUUCAACGGAACGACGGAGCCGUUGCUGAGCUUACCAAAUACGCAAUCUCUGAUAGAACCGCAAACUCCAACAAUCCCCGAAAUCGUGUUUACAGAUUAUUCAACUAGAGACGAUUUUGAAGCGGAUCUUGGGCUCGGCCAUAUGGAUUUUCAGAGCAUUCAGAUGCUAUCCGACACCAGCACGAUGAUUGAUCCAAUGGACGAGGACAGCUUUCGACGAGAUUUGCAGUAGUUCGAACCCAUCCUGUUACCGCCACCCUUCUGUUUAAACUACUCUCUGUAUCGCACGAGAUGGCUGAUUACUUCAAAGCAACUACAGCGACGCUUUCACAGGUAUUGCGACAAUGCUAUUAGCAAUCCUGGAAUAAGCUAGACAAAAAAAAACGACAAAAGGGUGAAGGGAAUUAACUUUACUGAUAAGCAACUUCACGAGGUCGACUGAUGUACAAUCACCGGUGUAUAUGUCGGUGUGUAAGUACAUCACGAUCGAUGACCCUUUCUGGAACGUUGGGUUUCUACAAGUUUCCGAUUUUGGCGACUACAGAAUGGAACAUAGAUCCAAAAGGUUUACUUUUGGUUUGUCAACAUUGUUCAAAGAUAAAAAUAACUUUCCUCUGUGACUGAUCUCGUUUUUUAUUCAAAGAUUAAUUGCUAUGUACCGUCAUCAUCUCAUGAUGACGACGUCCUCAAAUGGCGUAUUCGAUGGCUUACUUAUUUUUGAUAAAAGGAUUGAUCCAAGCUACAAGAAAUAAAAACCAAAUAUUUUCCCGAAGUGGCAUCUAUGACCGGUGACACCAAUUGAAAAAUAAUAUUUAGAUGAAUUUAAUGGAAGAAAUGCUGUCCACAAGCACAAACAGUGACGGCCGGAGUGCUUAUGGUUGAUGGUCGCCGCCGUUCUGAAGUUCUACUGCCGUAGAACUGGAAUGUAUUGGAAUAUAUAGAAAGCAACAUAAAAUAAAACAAUCGAGAAGUCCAUUGGAAUGGGUGGAGGAAUGUGUCGAAACGAUGGAAACGAGUAAAAAAAAAGUCAAUAGGUUCAGCAGAAUGACCAAGCUCAGAAAAUGAUUAAAACAUAAGAAACAAUGAGUAAACAAUGAAAUACAAAGCUCGAAAUCAUUAUAAAAAACCGGCUUCCUUUCAAGGAAGUUUUCUAAGCAGCAAAAAAAUUACAAGAGUUGUCUGUGCAAUGCUUUUUUUUAUGUCACCUUCGCUGAUAAACAACAUUACAACAUUGUGCUAUUUACUGAUGAUAAGAGAUACAUAAUAAGUACGAUGUAGUUAAAAAAAACGUAAAUUUAGUUAGAUAAAAAAUAAAUGGUGAAAAUACACAAAAUGUACAUUAAAAAGAAGAAAACAUGAAGGCAAAUAGAAACAGAGUAUGUACAGUAAUGUGAUGGUUCCGGGAGGCAGGACUACUUAAUUUUUUCGUUGGUUGCGAUAGCAAGCGAAUGCCUUUCAAGGCUCCAUUUUCUCUGCUGAAAUAGACGAAAGCUGGUUAGCCGACACUGGCUGAUUUGGGCUUAGAAAAAUUAUCAAACACGUUUUCUCGUUAUAUGAUUUCCUGUAUUUUUGCUUGAAAUAAUCUUUUUCAUCGAAAUCAAGAUUGGGUAAAUAUUUCCUGGUCCCUGGUGGAGAGGAAUUUUAUUCAUGAAGGCAGCAUAA